AUGCCUGCUUCCCAGAAGAUGCGCCCAAAUCUUCGUUCAUUUACGCUCAAAAUUGAUUUAGAGAAGCUCUUCAUCAAAAUCUUCGUUCACACACUGGAUCCAGCACCUCGAUAUGAUAAAUUCUAUAUUUUCAACCUUUUGGCCAUGGAUUCCAAUGUCAAUUGCGGUACUGUGGACUUCAAAGUGGGAGACGAGACUUUUCACACAUGGUACAAAGUGCUUGGAUCCCUCAAAAGCGAGAAGACGCCCAUCGUCGCUUUACAUGGCGGACCAGGCAUGACUCACCAUUAUAUGCUGUUCCCUGUAGUAUUCUAUGAUCAAAUCGGAAACGGUGCCUCAUCGCACAUACUGGAUAAACCGGAUACCUUCUGGACAGUAGAUCUAUUCAUGGACGAGCUAGACAACCUACUCAAGUACUUAGGCAUUUAUGAUAACUUCCUUUUAUUGGGCCAUUCAUGGGGCGGUAUGCUUGCAGGAAAUUACGCCGCCUCCCGAGCGCCUUCCGGGUUGAAAAAACUCAUUAUUGCAAACUCUCCAGCAUCUAUUCCAUCGUUUAUAGCAGGAACCAACGCUCUGCUUGACCUGUUCCCUGCCGACUAUGUUGAACGGGUCAGAAGUCUGGAAGCCGAAGGAAAGACAGAUUCGCCAGUGUAUCAAACCGAUGUCAUGGAGUUCUAUAAAAAACAUGUCUGUACAACAGACCCUUGGCCACAGGGACUUGUCGACUCUUUCAAUGCCGUUUCAAAGAAUCCCAUGGUAUAUCACUCUAUGUUCGGUGUCUCCGAGUUUAAUAUAACAGGAACAUUGAAGGACUGGUCGAUUGUUGAAAUUCUGCAUCAAAUACCGUAUACAACCUUGCUCAUAAGCGCUCCUCUCGAUGAAGUUCAAGAAAUUGCUUUUUUACCUUUCUUCGUAAAUAUUCCCAAAGUAAAGUGGGUUGAAAUCCCUACUUCCACUCACCUCGCUAUGUACGAAGAUCCAGAAAGGUACUUCGAUGCCAUCGUGAAAUUUUUCUCUUAA